UCGAAGAAGUGUUUAGUCGGUAACAAGUUAUAACUUUUAUCUACGUCCUAAGUUGGAAAAAAGUGUCUCCAAAUGGAAUACAGUGUGGGAAGCCUAGCGGAUUUGAUAACAAGUCAAAAACAACCCAAGCAAAGUAAAGUUAAGAAGAUAAAACGAAAAGUGCAGGCCACUGAAGAUGAUACCGUAGAAAGUCAGACGAAUUCGAAACUAAAUGGAAAAGCCCAGUCGAUAGAAGCUGAAACUAACGGAAUCGAGUCAAAGACCAAAAUAUCGAAGAAACGAAAAUCAGCAAAUGCCUCUCCUGCGAGUCCCAAAAAGCUCAAAAUCGAAUCCGAUGAAGGAGAUAAAGAAACUUCAGAUGCCGAAUCUGGAGAUAAAGAAACUUCAGAUGCCGAAUCUGAAGACAACGAAACUGAGGAACCAACUGCCGUAAAAAAGGAAAAAUUCGCGCCUACUCCUGAAGAGUUAGCCAGAACCAUUUUCAUCGGCAACGUGCCAGUAAAAACAACAAAAACUGACCUAAAAAAGCGAUUCAAAAAAUACGGUAAAAUCGAUUCGAUAAGAAUCAGAGGAGUUGCCGUUGCCGAUCCGAAAUUAUCAAAAAAAGUGGCGGUAAUCAAGAAAAAAUUCCACCCGGAUCGACAAAGCGUCUAUAGCUACAUCAAGUUCGUAGAAGAAGAGAGUGCCCGAAAAGCUCUACAAGAGAACGGUACAUUGUUCGAGAACCACCAUUUGAGCGUCCAACCGGGCAAUGUAAAACAAGAACGAGACGAGUCGAAAGCCAUAUUCAUCGGCAAUCUGAGCUUCAAAGCCGAAGAGGAGGAUCUGUGGAAACUAUUCGCAAGUUGCGGCCCCAUAUCGCACAUCCGGAUCAUCAGAGACAGAGUAACGGGCAUGGGCAAGGGUUUUGCUUACAUAAAUUUCCACGAUUCGGAUGCCGUGCAACUGGCGUUAGAAAUGGAAAAUGUUAUGCUCUGCAAUAGAGAGUUGAGGAUUAAACCAUCGAGCGCUUCUUCUGCAAAGAAAAACCAAAAUAGAGCGAAUGUCAAGCAAAGGUGGAGGAAUAAGAACAAGACCCCUGCAAAUGGUACUAACGAUGAUAAGUCGAGCAGUAAUGGAGAUGAAAAACCAGUUAGUAUUGAGAAGUCAGAUUUCCAGGGGACCAAAUUCAAUGUAAAGAAGAAGAAGAAGGUUAAUAAGGGGAACUUGAAGAAGAAGCUGAACGUUAAAAAAGUGGCUCCAAUUGCUAAACAGGAAUAAUUGUAAAUAUUAGGAUUGUUAAGAUGAAAAUUUAUUCUGUAUUUUUAUCGAUUAAAACGUUUUGAAAAUUAAA